GCCUGCGCACUACGAUCGCGGGGAGUACAUCUUGCCCAGUAGGGCCUGCUGCUUGGCUUAUGCGGGCUGCCCGCCGUAGCGGGUGACAAUUGCCUUUCCUCGUCCGAGCUGGAAGCUAUUCUGCUAAAAGCUAGAAUGAAGCAGUUGUCUGCAGCAACAGUUCGUCUCCUCUCCAGCUCUCAGAUAAUCACUUCAGUGGUCAGUGUUGUGAAAGAGCUCAUUGAAAACUCCUUGGAUGCUGGCGCCACAAGCAUUGAAGUUAAACUGGAGAACUAUGGAUUUGAUAAAAUUGAGGUUCGGGACAAUGGCGAGGGCAUCAAGGCUGUUGAUGUGCCAGUGAUGGCAGUGAAAUACUACACUUCAAAAAUAAGUAGUCAUGAAGAUCUUGAAAAUCUGACAACCUACGGAUUUCGUGGAGAAGCCCUAGGGUCAAUUUGUAGUGUUGCAGAGGUUUUAAUUACAACAAGGACAGCUGCUGAUGAUUUUAGCACCCAAUAUGUUUUAGAUGGCAGUGGCCACAUACUUUCUCAGAAACCUUCACAUCUUGGUCAAGGUACAACUGUAACUGCUUUAAGGUUAUUUAAGAAUCUACCUGUAAGAAAGCAAUUUUACUCAACUGCUAAAAAGUGUAAAGAAGAACUAAAAAAGGUACAAGAUCUCCUCAUAAGCUACGGUAUCCUUAAACCUGAUACAAGGAUUGUUUUUGUACAUAAUAAGGCAGUUAUUUGGCAGAAAAGCAGGGUACCAGACCACAGGGUGGCUCUCAUGUCUGUUCUGGGGACAUCUGUGAUGGGCAACAUGGAAUCCGUUCAGCACCACUGUGAAGAGUCUCAGAUUCAUCUAAGUGGUUUCUUUCCAAAGCAUGAGGCAGAUCACAAUUCCACAAGUCUCUCAACCCCUGAGAGAAGUUUCAUCUUUAUUAAUAGUCGACCAAUACAUCAAAAAGACAUCUUAAAGUUAAUCCGACAUUAUUACAAUCUGAAGUGCCUAAAGGAAUCUACUCGUUCGUAUCCCAUUUUCUUUUUGAAAAUUGAUAUUCCCACAGCUGAAGUGGAUAUAAAUCUAACACCAGAUAAAAGUCAAGUAUUAUUACAGAAUAAGGAAUCUGUUUUAAUUGCUCUUGAAAAUUUGAUGAUGACCUGUUACGGACCACUACCUAGUACAAAUUCUUACGAAAAUAAUGAAGCAGAUGUUUCCUCAACUGACAUGGUUGUUAGUAGAACAGCAGAAACAGAUGUGCUUUUUAAUAAAAUAGAAUCAUCUGGAAAUAAUUAUCCAGAUGUUGAUACUUCAGCUGUUCUGUCCCCAAAUGAUGUACAUAAUGAUGGACCUAGAGAAAACACUGCUCAUUGUUUAAAUCAACCAAUAAAUGUUGAUGACCAGUGUGAUGAUCAUUUUAGGAGUGAAAAUUCUAGUAUCAAUAAGGACACCAGAAGUACAUUUCAGAAUAUCCCAGUGACUAUUAGUGAAAUGAGUGAAACUGGUUUUGUAGGUUCCAGUAAGCAUAUACACAUAGAAAAUGGCUCUAAGGGCCAUGCAGAUGAGAGUGGACAAAACAAGGAAGAUACAAUUCCUGAGAACUCUCCGGAAAUUUGUGCAGAAGAGUGGAGCAGGGGAAAUGUAUUUAAUUCAAUGGGAGAGAAUAUUGAACCUGUGAAAAUUUUUGUGCCUCAAAAAAGUUUAACAUGUAAAGUAAGUAAUGAUAGUCACCCCAGUCUUGAACCAAAGAGUCUCAGUGAUGGUCCCUGUAACAAAAAAUCAAAUGUAAUAGAUAACAAAUCUGGCCAGCUUACAGCCUAUGAUUUAAUUAGCAAUCGAGUGAUCAAAAAGCCCAUGUCAGCAAGUGCCCUGUUUAUUCAAGAUCACCGUGCUCAGUUUCUCACAGAAAAUCCUAAGACUAGUUUGGAGGAUGCAACAGUACAACUGGAAGAACUGUGGAAGACAUCGAGUGAAGAGGAAAAGCUGAAAUAUGAAGAAAAGGCUAAGAAAGACUUGGAACGAUAUAAUUAUCAAAUGAAGAAAGCCAUUGAACAGGAGUCACAAAUACCAUUAAAAGAUGGCAGGAAAAAGAUGAAGCCCACCAGCACGUGGAGUUUGGCACAGAAACACAAGCUGAAAGCCACAUUAUCUAACCAGCCAAAACUUGAUGAUCUCUUUCAGUCCCAAAAUGAAAAAAGGAAAAGUGAAAAUAUUAAAAUAGUAGAGAUCCCCUUUUCUAUGGAAAGUUUAAAACUAAAUUUUAAGAAACAAAAGCAAGUUGACUUAGAAGAGACAGAUGAACUUUGCUUGAUCCACAAUCUCAAGUUUCCUGAUGCGUGGCUAAUUACAUCCAAAACAGAGGUCAUGUUACUAAAUCCAUAUAGAGUAGAAGAAGCCCUGCUGUUCAAAAGACUUCUUGAGAAUCAUAAACUCCCCGCAGAGCCACUGGAAAAGCCAAUUCUGUUAACAGAGAGUGUUUUUAAUGGAUCUCAUUAUUUAGAAGUUUUACAUAAAAUGAUGACAGUUGACCAGAGAUGCAAUGGAACAAAUUACUUGUCUGAUCCUCGUCUUACAGCAAAUGGUUUCAAAAUCAAAUUGAAACCAGGAGUUUCCAUUACUGAACACUACUGGGAAAUAGAAGGAAUGGCUACUUGUCUCCCAUUCUAUGGAGUAAUGGAUUUAAAGGAAAUUCUUAAUGCUAUAUUAAACAAAAAUGCAAAGGAAAUUUAUGAAUGUAGACCUCGAAAAGUGAUAAGUUAUUUGGAGGGAGAAGCAGUUCGUCUAUCUAGACAGUUGCCGAUGUACUUACCAAAGGAGGACAUUCGAGACCUUAUCUCUAAAAUGAAACACCAGUUUGGAAAUGAAAUUAAAGGGUGUGUUCAUGGCCGCCCAUUUUUUCAUCAUUUAACCCACGUUCCAGAAACUCUGUGAUUAAUGUUUGAAAAAUUUCUUACUGCAAUUGAUAUAAACCAUUUUUGUAUUAUCAUAUCAAGUGCUUAUUUUAUAAAUGAGGAUUCACUGACUUGUUUGUAUACUGAAAAGAGCUUUAAACAUUGUAAAAAUAUGUUAAUAAAUAAUAGGCACUAUACACUUUAUUCUUAGGCCCAACCUGCAUACUAACUGUAAGUUGCAGGUUCCAUUGUAGAAAGAGGGUAGUACUCUUGGGUGGCUGGUUUACUAGGUCAGCUAUGUUCACCCAUCUCACAGUCUCAGCUGGCACUUCAAAGAGAGAUUGUUAGUCCUGUUUAAAUUGGGGCGGAGAAGUAGGGAGUGAGAGGACAUGACAAAAUGAAGUUCAUAACUUCAUCUGAAUGAAAUCCUACCACUCCCAUCUUGUGGUAAUGGGUAUUUCUGCCUCUCCUUUAUGAUAAUCUUUGCACUUUGGGAUCAAAAUCUGCCAGAGAGCAUGGGAAAAAUCUAGAUUUUUUUUUAUCAGAAAAUUUAGGUUACAAUAGUUUUUUUGACAUAACAUCCCUUCAUAAACCAAGGCAAUUUUCCAAUAUUUUUCAAAAAAUCAAAACGUUUAAUGAGUGCAUUUGUUGUUAAGAUAUGUUCGAGUGGAUGUAGUAUCUCAUACUAUCUGUAGUUCUUAUGAGUCACCUCAA